AUGCGGUGGUUGACAUUCUUCCUUCUUCCAUGUGCCAGUUUAACAUACUGUCCCGAGCUUUUUAAAAACCAGACAGCAUGCUCAUGUUUCGACAACCUGGACGGAUCCGUGGUUCGCUGCUCUGGGCAAGAGGGUCCCAUGGUGGUGGAACAAAUGAAAAAAUUAUAUUUUGAAAUUCGGGAGCUCACGCUAGAGAACGCAAAUAUCGUUGAGAUCGGACCAAGAGCUUUCAAAAAUCUCCGCAUAAAAAGACUGAUUUUGGACAGGAAUCGUAUUAAAGCCAUACAUAAGGACGCACUGCGUGGACUGGAAAAUAUUCUCCAAGAACUAUCACUUGCACAAAACAAACUCACUGAGGUACCAAGUGACGCUCUAUCAGGAAUGCGGGCUCUCAGCGUUCUCAGUCUCAAAUGCAACAAAAUAAGCAAUCUCACAAGGCCUGUCUUCCGGAACUUGAACUCACUGAUCGACAUCAAUCUGUCAUGCAAUGAAGUUUGCGAAUUAUCGUCUGAUGUGUUCGACGGGGUGCGAAACAACUUACAAAAUCUUAUUCUUGAUGUGAAUUGCCUGAGAGCGUUCCCAGCUGGUGCCGUCAAAAAUAUGGAUGCUCUCAUUGCUCUUCACUUGAAAGGCAAUAAGAUAAGCAUAAUUGGCAAUGAAGAUCUAAGUAACCUCACCUCACUGGCAAUGCUAUCCCUCAGUAAUAACAACAUUUCCUUCAUUCACCCAUCAGCACUGCAGAACACUCCCAAUCUCAGAUAUCUAUACUUGGCAGGAAAUAACAUUCAUUCAUUACCUACUGGUGCAAUGACCCAGUUUAAACAGGCACAGGUACUGGACCUUGCAUUCAAUCACUUGGCCGAAAUAAAUGAAGAGACUUUUGCCGGAUUAGAAAGCCUGCAACAUCUCAACCUUGAAAGCAACAACAUUCAUGUAAGCAAAGUGCCUCAUUUCUUCUCCGUUCCGGCGUAG